UCGAUAUCACGAGCACCCUUUGAUUCCGGCACUCACACAGCAUGAAGUUCUCUCUUGCUACCACCCUUGUGGUGACGCUUGCUGCUCAGGCCACAGCUAACAGCUGGUUUGGCAAGUCAGUAUACGACAAGUGGCACGAGACGGAGCUAGAGCGCUGGCUCUCGGAUCACGGCAUCCCUCACCCGGCACCCUCGGACCGCAAGAGCCUCGAGAAGACCGUCAAGGACAACUGGAACAACCAGGUCGUCACCCCCUACAGCGGUUGGGAUGCAAAGCAACUCUCAAACUACUUGACCACCAAGGGCCAACAAGCAAAGGCCGGCACCGAGACCGACUCCAAGAGCCUCAUCGAGCAGGUCAAGGAGUACUGGACGGAGACAGAGGACUCGGCAAACCAGGCUUACGGCAGUGUCCGUGACUGGAUCUUCGACUCAUGGACCGACUCCCAGCUCAAGACCUUUGCCGACAAGCACGGCAUCCCCGUUCCCCAGCCCCGCCAGCGUGACUCUCUCCUGGCCUCCGUUCGUGGAGGUUACCAGGGUGCCGCCGAGAAGGCCAAGCAGACAACUAGCUACCCCGGUGACUGGUUGUACGAGUCCUGGUCCGACUCUGACCUCAAGGCUUGGUUCGACGAGCGUGGCUACAACGUACCCCAGCCCUCUACCCGUGACUCCUUGAUUGCCAGCAUCCGUCGCCAGUCCCGCCUCGCCAGCUUGAACUCCCAGAGUGCUUAUGCCCAGGUCUCCUCGUCUGCCGCUGCCGCCCAACAGAGCCUCAGCGACGCGCUCCUCGACUCCUGGUCUGACAGCCAGAUCAAGGAGUGGGCUGACAAGAACGGUGUCAAGGUUCCCCAAGGUUCCAAGCGCAACGAACUCAUCGCUCUUGCCCGCAAGCACCGUGCCCGUCUUUACGGUGACAGCGCUUCCGCCACUGCUGCAUCCAUCUCCGCCUCAGGUGCCUCCGCAUACGGCGCUGCUACCUCGAGCGUUGGAAGCCAGGUUUCUGAGGCCACUGCUGGCUUUGCUUACUACACCAACUGGGUCAAGCAGCAGGUCGGCGUUGCCACCGAUGCUGCUGCCGCCAGUGCCAGCUCUAUCUCCGUUGCCGCUGCUCACAGUGCAAGCUCCGUUUCCGCGAGCAUUGGAUCUCUGACCGGUGCCGCUGCGUCCAGCGCUAGCUCUGCCUCCUCCGUUGCCGCCGCAAGCGCAAGCUCCGUUACUGCCAGCCUCGCCUCGCUUACUGGUGCUGCCGCUUCCUCUGCCUCUGCUUCGUACUACUCUGCUUCUUCCGUCGCCGCCGCCAGCGCGAGCGUCGCAUCUGCCAGCCUUGCCUCCCUCUCCGGCGCUGCUGCAACGUCUGCUUCCGCCUCAUACUCCUCCGCGUCUUCUGCUGCUGCCGCUAGCGCCAGCUCUGUCUCUGCCAGCCUUUCGUCGCUUACCGGCUCUGCUGCGAAGUCUGCAUCCUCUUCCUACUCCUCGGCUUCCUCUGUCGCUGCUGCCAGCGCGAGCUCCGUGUCAUCAGUUGCCUCCGUCAGCUCGAGCUCUGCCUCCAAGAGCCUUGCCUCUCUCACCGGUGCUGCUGCCAAGUCAGCCUCCUCAUCGUGGUCUUCUGCUCAGCAGGUUGCUUCGUCCAGCGCCAGCUCUGUCUCAUCCGUCGCUGCCGCUAGCUCAAGCUCUGUCUCUGCCAGCCUAGCAUCCCUCAGUGGAGCUGCUGCUUCGGCCGCGUCCUCUUCAUGGUCUUCCGCCGAGAAGCGUGCUUCCUCGACAUCGUCUUCUAUCUCGUCCUCCAUGUCCAGCGCUUCCUCCGUUGCUUCUGUCUCUUCCGCAUCCGUCUCCAAGAGCAUUGGUUCCCUCAGCGGUGCUGCGUCUAAGAGCGCUUCCUCCUCGUGGUCCUCUGCUCAGAAGGUUGCCUCGUCCUCCUCGGCCUCGGUCUCCGCUUCCAUUUCUAGCGCUUCCGUUUCUGCUUCCAAGUCUGCCGCGUCUGCCUACACUGAGGCCAACGCAAAGGCCAGCGCUAGCUCCGCUUCCGCUUCCGCCAAGCAGGAGUUGUAAGCAAGGAAUCUCUACUACGAAAUACCUGACAACCAACGUUCACGUCAUGACUGGAUCAUGGUCAUGGCUACCUGACGUUUCACGAUACGACCUUACGACAUGCGUGCGGAUGAUGAAAGCCGAAUCGAAAGCGAGUUCUGUAACACUACACAUAUGAUGAUAUUCCCCUUGACUCCCCGCUAGGCUUUUGGGGGAUAUGCUUUUCUUUCCGUCUGGUUGCGGAAGGAAGACCGGCGUUUACAUUAGCUAAAAUUGAGUUGAUAAUGAGAAUGAAAAAUGAUUAAGCGCA